AUGUCUAUCUUCAACCCGGACACCGAGAUCAUGGAGAACACGCGCUACACCGUCCAUGUGGUUACCACCAAGGGCCGCAAUCGCCAGGGCCAUGAAGUGGAGACCAUGCACAAGGUCACUAUCCCUCCUCCAGGUCCGACGUAUACACCUCCAUCGUCUCGUUUCCAGAGCCCGAUGUCCGCUUCUUCGGCAUCUGACGCUAGCGAGUCUUUGUCGGCGAGCACCUUCCCGCACGAGAGCACCAUCAGGAGUACCACCCCACCCCGCUCACCCGUGUUGACCGCUACGACGUCACCUGAGUGCAUCUCCAACUCACCGCCAACCUCCACCUCAUCCUUUCAUUCCGAUACUAUUUCCAACGUUCGUCUUCUGGACAAGGAAGAGUUGGAAGUCACGAAACUUGAGGCGGAGAAGUGCGAGCGUGCACGCAAGGAAGCCCAGAGACAGGUCCAGGCCCUAUCUAUCGAGCGCGAUGAGCUGGCGAAAGAGCUGGCACGGAAGAAUGAAGCAUACAUGGGCGUUCAGAUUGAAUGCCGUGCCAUCGGCACCGAGCGCGAUGAGUUGAAGAAAGGCCUGGCCAAGAAAGACGAAGAGUACGUGGUGCAAAUCGGCAACAUCCAGAAGACGCUUGAGACUGAACACAGCAACAUCGUCGAAGAGCUCCGGACGGACCUUGACAUCCGUGUCCAGCAGAAGGAAUCUGAGCUCGCCGCCCUUCGCAACGUCCUCCGCGAACUCCGACAGCUUACCACCAAUAACGAAACCUCUUUCAAAGAUCGGAUCGAGGGGCUCGAAGCAGAGAAGGGACGUCUAGAGGCAGACCUACACUUCAACCAUGCUACUCAUAAAGAAGCAUUGCUAGAGGCAGCAAGAGAGAAUGAACGUUUACGCGACGUCAUUGUCGAAUACCGCGACAACGCCUCCAGUUCCUCAGCCAUGGCGAUGGUGAUGACCAAGGACCUCGUUGAGGAGAACAUGGCGCUCUCGGAAGAUAAUGAGAAGCUCAGGAAAGAGAACUCCACCCACGACAUUAUCAUCGCCGACCUGCAUGAUCAGCUCGUCAAAGCCAGCCAGGACAUGAGCCAGCAGAUCCAGCUAUGCAACGACGCACGGGGGAACGCGAGUAAUAUGAAGGUUGAGAAGACGAAGAUGGAAGAAAAGUUGAGGAUGAAGUCCAAGCGGGUGGUGCAGUUGCGCAACGAGCUCGAGGCCGCAAACCGUAUGCUUGGAAUAGGUGAAGCUUGGGAGAUGGCUACCACCUUGGACAACGCAUCUAGUCUGAUGGACGAAUUCAAACAACUGCAUGCGAAGAACAUUAACGAACUCAAGGAUGCUCAUAUGGAGAUCCACAGACUCCAGACUCAGUUCGCGAACCGAUCAGAAGAGCUCCAGAUACAGAAAGCUCUAGCCAACGACUUUGAGAACCAAUUCGACAACCUCUUCCUCGAAGAGCACAAUGCGCGCGCGCAGCUUCCACAGCUAGAAGACAAGAUCUCAGAACUAGAGCUGAAACUACAGCACCGCGACAGCGAAGUCGACCGCCUGUCCUCACGAAAACCACCAUCAUUCCUCUGCACAGAACUGAAAGAGAAGGAAACAGAAAUCGAACGUCUGUGUUCCGAGCGCCGUCCCCUUGACGAUCACAUCGCCCAACUCCAAGACCAGAACAAUGAAUGGUCCACCACCUACGAAAAAGACAUCGGCGACGCGAAAAAGACCGCGCGCGGAUGUUAUGAAGAAUUCAAUCGCAUGGUAGACGAAUACGAGGGCCGCAUUACGGCCCUCCAUCGCGAGCUUGGGCGCCCAUACCCCCCGCCCGACGAACCCAUCGAUAUGGAGAAUGUCGACCGCCACAUGGUGCGCGUUCUGCGAGAAUUAUACGAGGACCCGGCCAUCCCGGAGGAUAUCUUCCCCGGCGAAGGGGAAUUUCUAGGCGGUUAUGCCUAUGCACCCGUUUGGGACGCAUUUGGAAAGAAGUACCCCCAUUUGAAGGAGCUUGCGUGCAUUAGGAGGGAUGUCAGGCUUGCGGUGCCGUGUGUCAAGGCUUUCACACUUGAAGACGCACGGAGGGUGCUUAAGGGGAAGAUGGAGGACGAGAAUCUGAAGGAGGAGUCUCAAGGGAGUACGGGGGAAGUGCAGAGCACAUCCCCUGUGUUCGCCGAGGCUGACGCUGAGGAUAUGGAGGAGGGAACUGUUGAUGAGCGGGAUUUCGCAGGCUUGACGACUACGGAGUAUGAUGAGCUUCCAUCGUGGGCCAAGGGCAAAUGGCACGCCCUCAGGUCGGUUGUGGAGUAG